AUGGAAUCUAUCCGCGAAAAAGUUGGUUUGUUGCUAGAUUUUGUAGAGAAUGAUACUCAUGGUGUCAUACGCGAACAAUUAGAAUUUUUGGAGAGUCAAAUUGCUUCUGCAGCCAAUGCGGCUGAAGAUUUAAUCGAAUCUCACAAAGCUGUAACUACUGAAUCUGAUCUAGUAGAAGACCAAAUUCACAGUGGUUCGAUUUCCGCGGUCGAUCUUCAAACAGUAAUAGAAGACAUGGAUUCCGUCACGAAAAAGGGUAUGGCGUUUAAAGAUGACAGUGGAUCCAGAGAUGAUAUGCAUCCCACAUACUCGAUGCCUACAACUAAUUCAUCAACACCUCUUAUUACCACCGACAAGAAUACCAUGGUCGGAUUUGACGAACAGUUGACUCGACUUUUGGACAAGCUCACGGGGCAACGAUCUAACCGUCAAAUAAUUCCAAUCGUAGGCAUGGGCGGCAUUGGUAAGACUACUCUAGCCAAAAAUGCUUAUGAGCAUUCACUUAUUGUGCAACAUUUUGAUAUUCGCACUUGGGUCACAAUAUCUCAAAAUCAAAUAGAUGAGCAGUUAUUAGGAGAAAAAUUGUACAAAAGGCUAUGGAGUCGGAGGUAUUUGAUUGUAAUUGAUGAUAUUUGGAGUAUUGAAGCCUGGGAGGAGGUAAGUCGUUUUUUUCCAGACAACAAUAAUGGAAGUCGAAUUGUUGUGACUACAAGGAUAUCGAAUGUGGCUACUCAUUUUGACUCCUCGUUGUUUGAGUUGAGUUUUCUAGAUGAGGAUCAAAGUUGGGACCUAUUUUGCAAAAAAACAUUUGGUGAGGCCGGUUGCCCUCUUGAACUGGAGGAUAUUGGAAAUGAGAUUGUUAAAAAAUGCAAAGGACUUCCCCUUGCGAUUUGUGUGAUUGGUGGGCUUCUUGGAAGGUCCCAUAUGACGCAAAAAUACUGGAAAAAUAUUUCAAAAGACUUAAUCUCAAUUUUGAACUCCGGAGAGGACGAGAAUUGCUCGAGUAUAUUAUCUUUGUGUUACACAUACUUGCCUGCUCACCUUAAACCGUGUUUUCUCUACAUGGGAAUUUUUCCAGAAGACGAUGAGAUUCGUGUCUCCCAACUGAUCAAACUUUGGGUAGCUGAAGGAUUUAUUAAAUUGAACCAAUCCCAAAGCUUGGAAGAGAUUGCACGAGGUUACCUAAAUGAUCUCAUUGACAGGAAUCUCAUUUUGAAGCAGUUGGGAUCCACUGGAAGAAUUAAAUUUUGCAAGAUUCAUGAUCUUUUGCGAGACUUAAGUUUAAAGGUAGCUCAGAAAGACGAGUUUAUCUGUGUGAUGGAAGACAUUCAACGAGGAGUGGAAAGGGGGCGUCGUAUUAAUUUUUCCAUCGAUUCAUCGUUUCCAUCGGCUUUGAAGAAGUUUUCACCGGCGUGGAGUUCAUAUCAUGCUGAAAUUGUUAUUUAUGAUGAUGAUGGAACAGGGGGUGGGGGUGAACUAGUUGGAGCCGUUGAUGCCGCUGGAAGUGAGGCAUUGAAUGCAGACUUUGUGCAGUUGUUCGAAGAAGAAGUCGACUGCAUUCCUGAUGAUAGCGACGAGGACAUAAACUCAAUGAAUUCAAAUAAUUCCGAUGGUUGUUAUUUUCCAAACCACCCUAAGAUUUGA